UGAGUUCGGCAGUGUUUGUUCCAGGUAAAAUUAGCUAUGAGUGCUAUCAUGAAUUUCAAAAACUGCGACUCGGUGCUGGUAACGGGAGCCAACCGAGGGCUCGGGCUGCAGAUAGUCGACAGCCUGGCAAGUGGAGGUUUCUCACCCGGCAAGAUUAUAGCCACGGCCAGACAGCCCUCAAGUGCGCAGAAACUUCAGGAGCUGGCAGAGAAACAUCCCAACAUCCACAUAAUCACUCUGGAUGUAGUGAACCAGGAGAGUAUAGAGAAGUCUGUAGAAGAGGUGGAGCGGCUGGUACAAGAAGAGGGUUUAAACUGCCUGAUCAACAACGCAGGGAUCAAUGUGGUGGCCGACUUUCAUACUGUUACCGCAGAGAAGAUGAUAGAAAACUUCCACACGAAUGCUGUGGCUCCUCUAAUGAUCACCAAGGCCUACCUGCCUCUGCUGAAACGAGCUGCAUCCAGAGGAGGAGCAGGUGGUGCAGGUAAAAUGGGCAUCCAGAGGGCAGCAGUCAUCAACAUUACCUCUCUGCUGGGCUCUGUGGAGCUGGCCUGGGGGGAAGGGGCUAACAACUUCAAAUGGUACCCCUACAGGACGUCCAAGAGUGCCUUAAACAUGGUGAGUCGCUGUAUGGCUGUAGACCUGGAGCCUGAUGGGAUUCUCUGUAUGGCCAUACACCCUGGAUGGGUCCGCACUGACAUGGGGGGCUCUCAGGCUCCACUGAGUCCAGAGGAGAGCAUUACUUCCAUCUUGUCUGUGAUUGGUGGACUGACUGAGAAGGAUCACGGCUCAUUUCUGAACUUUACAGGAGAGGUGUUGCCCUGGUGACCCUGAUCAUCAUGAGUAAUGAGCUGCAUCGUUAUAAGAACCACUAACUGAGCCCAGUGGCUGUUGAUUCAACUGCUGAUCAACGUCAGCUGUGCAAAUACAAAUGUUUCAAUGAGAGGAUAUUGUUUUGAAAGCUACAGUGUAGCUUAGUGUAGCAUAUCUAAUAAGGAAAUUACUUUAAAGGGUUCAUAUAUACUGUAGAUAGGCAGGGUUUGCUUUGUGCUUUAGCUUGUCCUUUAGGCCAAAUGCUGUACAUAUAGUUUACUUCCAGUUCAGUGCAGCCCCCUAUACCUCAAACAUUUAAAAAAAAAAAAAAAAAAGUAAGCUGUCAGAUUGCAAACAUAAAAUGACAAAUCUCUUAGGUCAGAUAACACAUCAAAUCUACUGUCAGUGUUCCCAGUGUAUUCUCCUGCCCCUUAUUUCAUAGUCAGUAUUUCAUUUUCUUUUCUAGCUUAAUUAAAACAAACAUCAAUCACAAACCGUCCAAAGUUAUUAUAUAUAUUAUGAUAUAUUGUUAUAGAUGUAAACUGAUGAAUGAUUCAUGAAAUGAACAUUUUGCCAGUGAACCCUCCAAAUUACCCAAAUUUCUCUAAUAUUUCUCCCCACGCCCGUGACUCAAUCCAAUUUCUGUCUAUUUUAAGUUGUAUGUUAAGUUAUAUACUGUAUUAAAAUACACUGGUUUGCCAUGUGAACGUUGCUGUGUAAAUAAAUUGAUAUAGACGUGCUACCUCA